CACACUAGGAGGCAUUGCCGCUGUCUUCUUCCCAACCCACCCAUCUAGUUUCAGCACUGCACAACCGGAAGCUUCUGUUUGAAUGUGUCAUCAUCAUGUAGCUCCAAUCUAAAGUUGCAAUGUCCGAUGCUAGCCGUCUGAAAUACAGCUGUCCGUAAACAGAAGAAUACUACGAAUAUGUAGCAGACUGGAUAAAAGACCUCUUCAUACCAUCAGAAGCGAUAAUCGAUUGAUAUUUACACCGUCGUACAUUUCCCUAGAGAGUGAUGCCGGGAGCGUCGAGCAAUGACUGCCCACACUUGGAGUGUGUGGGGGAGAUUACUAAAGAGGAGCUCAUCCAGAAGUCUCAUGGCCAGUGUCAGGACUGUAAAGUAGGGGGACCAAACCUUUGGGCCUGUCUAGAGAAUGGCUGUUCUUAUGUUGGCUGUGGGGAGUCACAUGCAGACCACAGCACCGUCCACUCACAGGAGACAAGACACAACCUGACGGUGAAUCUGACCACAUUGAGAGUUUGGUGCUACACCUGCACCAAAGAGGUUUUUCUGGAUAGGAAACUGGGUCCCCACGCACAGCUGCCCAGCACUGCCAAGUCCAUUUCUCCUGUACAGAGCCCCAACCAGGAACCCAAAGCUCCAAGCAGCCCCACCUCUUUGAGAGUUUCUCCAGCUGGAGCCUGCGAUGACCUGGACAUGGAGACUGAAGAGGAGGAUGAACUAAAGACCAGAGGUCUGACUGGACUGAAGAACAUUGGUAAUACGUGCUACAUGAAUGCAGCGCUUCAGGCGCUCUCCAACUGUCCUCCCUUGACUCAGUUUUUCCUGGACUGUGGUGGUCUGGUGAAGACCGACAAGAAGCCAGCGCUAUGCAAGAGCUAUCAAAAACUCAUCACAGACCUGUGGCACAAAAAUAGGAACUCCUAUGUUGUCCCGACGAAUCUCUUUCAGGGCAUCAAGGCUGUAAACCCAAUGUUUCGUGGUUAUUCCCAGCAGGACUCUCAGGAGUUUCUGCGGUGUCUUAUGGACCAACUCCACGAGGAGCUGAAGGAGAUCCUUCCUGAACCCGAGGACCCAAACCAGACUGUGGACAUGGACGACAGUCCCGAUGAGGACAACCACAGCCAAUCAGAUGACUUCCAGUCUUGCGAGUCGUGUGGCAGCAGCGAUCGGGCCGAUAAUGAAUGCACCAGAGUCCCAGAGGACAUCAAUGAAGCGGAGAUGCUGAUCUCGGAGCAGAACCAGAACAACAAAGAUUGGCAGAAAGAGAAGAACCUCAUCAACAACCUUUAUCGUGCUGGUUCCCAUGGCGACCUGGAUAAGGAUGUGGACACGGCCAGCGAGAUAAAGCCCAUCAUCAGCAGCCAAGGAGCCAUUAAAGCUCAGUGCCGAACAACAGACUCAAACCCUGAAAUCCAGGUCAGCAGUAGCGCCCGAUCCCAGAAUGGGAAUGCAAAUGAAGGCAUCUCAUCCAGACUGUCCAGCAGUCCCCCGAAAUCCUCCAUGUGGCCUAACCUGAGCUCUGCUCACAAAAAAGUGCCCUCGUUCACUCCGCCAAAGAGUAAGCGGCAGAGGAAAUAUCGCAGUAUCAUCUCUGAUGUGUUCGAUGGCACCAUUGUCAGCUCUGUUCAGUGCCUGACCUGUGACAGGGUUUCAGUGACUUUGGAGAACUUCCAGGACAUCUCUCUGCCCAUCCCGGGGAAAGAGGAUCUUGCCAAGCUACACUCUUCCUCCCACCAGACGGCUCUGGUAAAAGCUGGGUCUUGUGGAGAAGCCUACGCCCCUCAAGGCUGGAUCUCAUUCGUCAUGGAAUAUAUCAAGAGCUGGUUCUGGGGGCCUGUUGUCACGCUGCAGGACUGUCUGGCUGCCUUUUUUGCCAGGGAUGAGCUGAAAGGAGACAACAUGUACAGCUGUGAAAAAUGCAAAAAGUUACGAAAUGGUGUCAAAUUCUGCAAAGUUCAAAGUUUGCCGGAGAUUUUGUGCAUACACCUCAAGCGCUUCAGACAUGAACUUAUGUUCUCCACCAAAAUCGGCACUCAUGUGUCCUUCCCCUUGGAAGGCUUAGAAAUGCAGCCCUUCCUGGCCAAGGACAGCUCCGCCCAGACCACAACCUAUGACCUGCUGUCAGUCAUCUGUCAUCAUGGCACUGCCAGCAGUGGCCACUAUAUUGCUUAUUGCCGGAACGAAAUGAACCAGCAGUGGUACGAGUUUGAUGACCAGAGCGUUACUGAAGUAUCGGAGUCCUGUGUGCAAAACGCUGAGGCAUAUGUGCUCUUUUACAAGAAGAGUAAUGAUGAGUCUCAGAAGGAAAGGAGGAAGGUGAAUGGUCUGCUCAACAUGAUGGAAUCCAGCCUUCUGCAAUUUUACAUCUCACGACAGUGGCUCAACAAGUUCAAAACCUUCGCUGAGCCAGGACCCAUCUCGAACAAUGAUUUCCUGUGCGCCCACGGAGGUGUUCCACCGAAUAAAGCCACGUCCAUUGAUGAUCUUGUCACGGUGCUUCCGCAAAACGUAUGGGAUCAUCUGUAUAGCAGGUAUGGAGGUGGCCCAGCUGUCAAUCAUUUGUACGUCUGCCACACGUGCCAGACGGAGAUCGAGAAGCUGGAAAAACGACGCAAGAAUGAGCUGGACAUGUUUGUGCGGCUCAACAAGGCAUUUCAGGAGGAGGAGUCACCUGUAGUGAUAUACUGUAUCAGCAUGCAGUGGUUUCGGGAAUGGGAGGGCUUUGUCAAAGGCAAGGACAUUGACCCACCAGGGCCAAUUGAUAACUCCAAGAUUGCUAUGAAUAAAAAUGGACACAUUACAUUAAAGCCAGGUGCCGAUUCAGGGCAGAUAUCUGAGGAAACCUGGAAUUUUCUCCAUUCCAUCCAUGGAGGGGGGCCGGUGGUGACCGUACGGCCCAGCGUUAGCCAUCAGGAGACGGAGAACUCUCAUGCAGAGGAGAAGAUUGAAGUGGAGACGCGCUCGGUGUAGUUCUGCUGAGUUGCAUCCGCACCGCAAGGGGACCGAGAAACACUUAGUUUGCACUUCACCUUUGUUUUUAGGCAUUUGAGAAAGGACCUUGCAGCUUCACCUCAAUACACACGUAUGCACACACCGUUCCUACACUAUCUCUUCCCUUUAUGACUGUUCUUUAUAGCAGACAGGUGGAUUAAACGUACUUCAUUGUGCUUCACAUUUGUAUAUACUACUGUGCAUAUUGACGUCCUAUUGGCAACAGACACACUAGCACAUGUUCACAGCUUGUUAAUGUAUUUGAUUUUCAUGUGCGAGAGCUUCUUGAGUUUAACCUUUCUCUAAAACCAAAUAGCUUAUUAUAUGUGUAAAUCAAAAAAGGUGAAGGAUUCCACUGCAUCUUUCUGUAGAUAUUGUCGAGGUUACUCCUCAUUUCAGAACAUCAAAUAUGUUGUCUUAGUGGAUGAAAUCUUCAUGUUUUGUAUGAGGGUAUGAAGGGAUACAAAAUGCUACGUAGUCUCAGGAAAGAACUUUUUUUGGUUUGUUUUGCACUGUACUGUAGAUUCAAAAGCGUGCAUGCUUCAGCUCUGAUGUUUGAUAUGUAUUUGAAUGUACUUGUACUUAAAGAACACACUUUCCUGCACUAAAUCUUAUUUAUUCCAGAGGGGUAUGAUAUCCCGACAUUCACAGACAUUUUCUUUGUUAGAAAAUGAUUUGGCAAGCUAUUUCUAAGCAAAUGCACGCUAAUAGGAAUGAUGUGGCACGUUAUGCUGGCAAGAAAAUCGAUUUCAUACUGUAGUUGUGCUACCUGUUUGCAUGUAGAUGCAAUACUAAGGCACACAAUUGAGAAAAUCAGUGGCUGACUCUUGUUUAAAAUGUUGAAUGAAAGGACAAACGUGGCUCAGUUAAAUAAACUGCUGCAGCAAAUGUGUAGAUUUAAGGCAUUAUUUAAUGUAUAGAAGAAUGUGAUGUCGUUUUUUGAUAAUAAUUGUCUGCAAAGGUGAAAGCUGUAUCUCAGUGGCUAACAUUAAACCCAAAACUUAUGCUGUGGAAA